UAAUUACUGCACACAGUCUCUGCUCGAGCUAACGCUAGCAUAGAUUAUCAGCAGCAGACAAGGCUGAAGACACCAGCUAGCUAGCUUGUUAGUUAGUUAGCCAGGCUGAAAGUGAUGUCCUGAAAGGUUGUCGUGUGAUUAAAAUACUUCAGAAGUUGGGUGUUUCCACAGACAAUAAUGUCCCGCUCCCAUGAUAAUGAGGAUGGAUGCUUUGUUGCCAUGGAUACAGAGGAGGAUGGUGCAGAGCCUGCCGGGAUAGCAGAGGAAGAGGAGGCAAACAUGGGGUCCUGCCGACAAGAAGGGAACAUGGACAGUGGUGCCAAAGGAGGGGGGAGAACAAUGGUGGAGUUGCCAGAGGAAGUUCUUGAAUAUAUUCUGUCCUUCCUUUCACCUUACCAGGAGCACAAGACUGCUGCGCUUGUCUGUAAGCAGUGGUAUCGCCUCAUUAAAGGUGUUGCUUAUCAGUGCUACCAUGGUUUCUUGAGAGCUGUCCAAGAGGGAAAUAUCCAGUGGGAAAGUCGCACAUACCCAUAUCCAGGAACCCCGAUCACCCAGCGCUUCUCACACAGUGCAUGUUAUUAUGACUCAAACCAGUCCAUGUAUGUGUUUGGGGGUUGCACUCAGAGUAGCUGCAAUGCUGCCUUCAAUGAUCUGUGGAGACUUGACCUCAACAGCAAGGAGUGGAUCCGCCCUUUAGCCUCAGGCUCUUAUCCAUCCCCGAAAGCUGGAGCGACUCUGGUGAUGCACAAAGAUCUGUUAGUGCUGUUUGGGGGAUGGACACGGCCCAGCCCAUAUCCACUGCACCAACCGGAAAGGUUCUUUGAUGAAAUCCACACCUACUCUCCUUCAAAGAACUGGUGGAACUGCAUCGUAACAACACAUGGACCUCCACCGAUGGCUGGCCACUCUUCCUCUGUGAUUGGGAAUACCAUGGUGGUGUUUGGAGGAUCAUUAGGAGCACGGCAAAUGAGUAAUGAAGUUUGGGUUCUGGAUCUGGAGCAGUGGUCCUGGUCCAAACCACCCAUAUCAGGCCCAUCACCCCACCCGCGAGGAGGCCAAUCACAAAUUGUGAUUGAUGAUCAGACGCUGCUUAUCUUGGGAGGCUGUGGUGGUCCAAAUGCACUCCUUAAAGAUGCCUGGCUUCUCCACAUGGACACACCGCCUUGGAGGUGGCAGCAGCUGCAGGUGGAAAACGAGGACCACGGGGCCCCGGAGUUGUGGUGUCACCCAGCUUGUAGAGUGGGCCAGUGCGUGGUGGUUUUCUCACAGGCUCCAUCCGGCCGUGCACCGCUUAGCCCAAGUCUUAACUCCCGGCCCUCCCCCAUAAGUGCCACACCCGCCCCUCUGGGCCCUGAACCGCCUUCCCUGCGCUCUCAGUCUCCUGUGCGGAGCGGGGCCGCCGGAGUUGUCUUGGGAGCUGUUGAAGAAGCUCCGUGUGUAAAUGGCCGAUGGGGCACGCUGAGACCUCGACCCUCAGCGAGAGGAAGUGCCAGAGAAGGGAGCCCAUCCUCGUCCCAGCAGCAGUCUCCGUCACAAGGCCCAGACAGCCCUCCUCUUCCUCCACUUCCCCCAUUAUUAAACGGAUCCUCUCCUUCACCAAGGACCAGCCCUGCGCAGGCUGCAUCCCCUUCCUCUCGCCCUCUCCCCUCUGCCUCCACAGACUAUGGCUGGGAGUCUCCCCCUUCUGCUGCUCACCACCCUGAGGUGCCCAGCACCAACGGCCUGCAUACACCUCCUGCAGGCUCCCCACACACUCCCCCAGGAGCAGUGUCCCCCGCUGCCUUACGACGAAGUCUGGAGGCAGUGAAAAACAAAUCUUCCUCAUCUUUACCAUCAUCAUCGUCAUCGUCUUCCCUUCAGACACAGGGGGCUUCUCCUGGAGGAGUAAGUGGAGGAGGAGGAGGAGGAGGAGGAGGAGGAGGAGGAGGAGGAGGAGGAGGAGGAGCGGGUCCACCUGGAACCCCUCCGUCAUCAUCCUCCAGCCCGCCACAGGCGGCCGCAGCUGAUGGACAUGCUAUCCCUCCUAUUGCACGACGUCUUGGCCAUCACCCACCCCAAAGCCUGAACGUAGGGAAACCUCUAUACCAGUCUCUCAACUGCAAGCCCAUGCAGAUGUACGUGUUGGAUGUGUCCAGGGCCAAGUCCGCUGGGGUGGUGUCCUGGAGAGUUUACGGGAACGGGACUCCCGCAGCAGUUACAGGGCCUCCUGAGACCAGCCUUCACACGGUGGUACAGGGCAGAGGAGAGCUCAUCAUUUUUGGGGGCCUCAUGGACAAGAAACAGAAUGUGAAGUACUACCCUAAAACCAACGCCUUGUACUUUGUACGAGCUAAAAGGUAAUGCAGCACCGGGUGUAUUGGGAAAACAGACGCUCCACCCUGUGAUCACACAAGGGAAUUGACACACAAGGCCUUUUUCCUAUAGAGAGGAUUAUGGGAAAAGAACAUAAUCAUUGUUAGAUGUUCCACUUCAUAAAUUCACUAUUCUCCCUUCUGCCUACUGCAAGCAUUCGAAAUAAAACACUUUAACUACACUUUGAUAAAAACAUUUGUGUGAAUGAGAAUCCUGAUUGUGUGUCCGUGCGUGUGUGCGUGUGUAUGUGACUGCAGUGAUUAGAGAGAACAGGACAUUUUUUUGUUGUUUCCCGAAAGGUGACCAACCAAACAAUACGAUUUCUGUUUUUUUUUUCUGUGUUGCCCUGCUCUGAACUCUGAAAGAGAGGAACUGUGGAUGAACGGACGCAGAAACGGUUGAUGACUACCUUGGUUUUUGUAUCACUCUUAAAGCCUGCAGUGUUUACAUUGAAAACGGCGUGAGUGUGCGUGCGUGUGUGUGUGUGUGUUAUGUGUGCACGGUGGUGGUUAAAAGUUGUUGACUAAUGUGUGUCGGGGGCCAUGGUGGCUGAGAGAUGUGGCACUGUACCAUAAACAUAGUAAAACAAUAAAGGCCUCCAUGUCUGCUCGGUCACCGUCUAAGUUCCUGCUCUGUGCGUGUGUGUGGUUGUGUGUGGUCUAUCAAAUAUCAUGCAUUAGCAAAAGUAUCUCAUCAAAGUCCGUUAAUCCAUUUUUUUUCUGAGCGUCUCAAUUCUGAAGCAAGUGUGCAUAGAAAGGCCAUAAUCAGCAUUUAAUAUAAGCGCCUGAAACCCUGAACAUUUAAAAAAUACUCGGUACUUUAUUAUUUUAAUGCUACUGAUUUUAUCAGAGGACAGUAGUAUUUUACUUUGAAAACAAUCUCUGCAUAUGUUUGGUUGGGGGAUUCCCUUCUUUGACAUUUUCAAAUGUUUGAUUUAAACAUGAUUUUAAGUUUCUAUAAGUGUAAGUGUCCAAUAUUAAAAAUAUACUACAUUCGAA